AUGAAGGACGUGAUGAAGCACGUGGUGCUAAAGACCCACCCGUGCCAGGAGUGCGGCAAAUCCUUCAGCAAGAACGGAACCCUGAGGAGACAUCAGCGGAUACACAUGGCGGAGGAGCUCUUCACUUGCGGGGAGUGCAGGAGGUGCUUCACCACCCGGGGCCACCUCGCGACCCACCAGAGCAUCCACACAGGAGAGAGGCCCUUCUCCUGUGGGGAGUGUGGGCGCUGCUUCCGCCUGGAGAUGUGCCUGGCCUCCCACCAGAAGACACACGCCAAGGGUGGUCCCUACCUCUGCACCCGCUGCGGCAAGAGCCUGAGCACAAAGAUCUACUUCAAUAUCCACAUGCGGACACACACGGAGAAGAGGCCGUUUGCCUGCACCGAGUGUGGGAAGAGCUUUGUGAAGAAGGGGACCCUCACUGCCCACAGGGAGAUCCACAAGCGGGAGAAGCCCUUCAAAUGUCCCCACUGCAGUAGGUGCUUUGCGCAAAGUGUCACACUGCUGGCCCACCAGAAGAUACAUCUCCGCGGAGGGCCUUUCAUUUGUUCAGAGUGUGGGAAGAGCUUGAGCACCAAGCGGUAUUUCAAUGUCCACCAGAGGAACCAUGCUAAGCAAAAGCCACUUGACGGACACAUCAAUGAUGUGUCUCUCCAGGUCAUCCAGAUUAAAGAGGAGCCUGAUUUUGCUUUCAGAUCAGAGGAUAAGAUGUUGGAGAGUAUGUCCCGUGAAGGAGAUGUAGCCCAGGGGUGUAGCAUACCUAGAAAACCAUCUAAUCCAAAAAGCCCUCCUUUGAAAAUCCAGAUGAAGGAGGAACCAGAACAAUCAACUGUCGACAAAGCAAAUGUUACUGCAACAGCCUGCCAGAAACUUCACAUGAAGGAAGAGCCACCAGAAAACCCAGACUAUGGAAAGCUCUUUGAUCCAAACAUCCCACUGAUGGCUUUACAGGGGAGACGGCUUAAAAAGGAAGAAGAUGCUGGUGGGCAGCAUGAAUGGGAAGUCCCUAUAGCCAGUAAUAGGGUGCUCCAUGUGAAGGAAGAACCACAGGAAAGCACUGAAUUUUGGAUGCAUUAUGGACAGAAGCGAAACCUCAGUGCUAUCCAGAGGAGCCAAAUUAAAGAGGAACCUGGUGGGGAGGCCAACCACCAGGAGAGCCAGAGCCCAAACAGGAAGCAGAAGAACUGCUAUCAGCCCACCAAAGAGGGGAUGCUGGAGAACCAGGAAAGAUCCAUGUCCAAGAAAGAUCCCUCAGCAAAAGGAACUCCCAAGGGUGAACGGAUAUUUCCCUGUCCCGAGUGCGGGAAGAGUUUCAAUCAGAAAUCAAACCUGACCAGACACAGGAAGAUCCACACAAGUGAGGGUCCAUACAAGUGCAGUGAGUGCGGGGAGAGCUUCCGCAUGAAUCGCAAGCUGAUCCGCCACCAGCGAGUCCACAUGAGCGAGCCCUUCAAAUGCACCGAGUGCGGGAAGAGCUUCACCCAGCGGUCGAAUCUGGUUCGGCACCAGAGGAUCCACACCAAGGAGGAGCCCUACCAGUGCCCUGAGUGUGAGAAGACCUUCAACCAGAAGGCCAACCUCUUCCGGCACCAAACAAUCCACCUCCGCAUGGGGCCUUGCAAGUGCACCAAGUGUGGAAAAUGCUUCCCUCAGAAGCGCCAUCUUAUUAAACACCAGUUGCUCCAUUCCCGAGGUGGGGCCUAUAAGUGUGGGGUCUGUGGGAAGCGAUAUCGGCUGAAGAAGUACCUGAGGAGGCACCAGAAAAUCCAUUCACGGGAAGGAACUUCUUCCAGCGCAAAAUGA